CUCUUUUUGGAUAGGAUUAAGAAAUUGUAUGUUUUCUAAAGAAAAAAGAAAAAGAAAAAGAAAUCUUAUAUGCCUUUAUCUUUUACUCAAAACCAUAUCUCCGUUUCUGUCUCUCGCUGGGGUACUGAUGCUUUCACCAUAUUCUCAACCUCCUCAAAUUCUUCUUCAAUCUUCUUCACUUGGCAACACUUCUGUAUUCAGCAAAUCUUACAAUGGAAACUGCAGCAAAUCCCCAGGUAGCAACCUUGUUUUCUUUCCAAAAUUAUCAUUAUCUACAAUGAUCCCUGCUGACAAAAAGAAAGUAUCUUUCUCAUACCCAAAAGACAUAUCCCAUUUGAUUCACAAGCAAGGAAUCGGCCUAGUUGAGAAACAUAAUGGCCUAAGAAUUAAAGAACAAAAGCAAGAAAGCGUGAAAUUUGAUGCGAAAGCUAGUAGAUUGCAGGUAGAGAAAUUAUUGGAUGCAAUUAGAGCAUUACCCUUCAAAGGGAGAACUGAAAUUCUCGACGUUUUCGGAAAAGAUGGCGAAAUUCCAAGUAUAUCGGACUUCAAUGAUCUUCUCAUGGCUUUAGUCAUAGCCAAUGAGCUUGACCUCGCGUUGAAUAUGUAUUCUGAUGUAUCCACUCUUGGUUUAGUCCCAGAUUCUUGGACAUUUUCAAUCGUCAUCAGGUGUCAUUGCAAGAGAAAUGAUGCUGAUGAGGCUAAAAGGGUUUUAGACCGCAUGUUAGAAAAUGGGUUAAACCCUAAUGUGGUAACAUUCACCACUUUGAUCAAUUCAUUUUGCAAAAAGGGUAAAUUACAGAAAGCUUAUGAAGUUAUUGACGUGAUGAAUACAAUUGGAUGCCAACCAAAUGUUCAAACAUACAAUUGCUUGUUGAAAGGAUUGUGUUAUAUAGGGAAGGUAGAGGAAGCAUAUGAAAUAUUGGAAGAUAUAAAGAAAUCAUCUAUAGAACCAGAUAUUUAUACAUACACAGCUAUGAUGGAUGGUUUUUGCAAAGUGGGUAGAUCAGAGGAGGCAAUGCAGUUGCUAAAUGAAGCCAUAGAGAUGGGUUUGACACCAAAUGUUGUUACUUUUAAUACUCUGAUUGAUGGGUAUAGCAAAGAAGGGAGGCCACUGCAGGGAGUUGGCGUGUUAAAGAAAAUGAAACAGAGAAAUUGUAUGCCUGAUAUUAUCAGCUAUAGCACAUUGCUACAUGGUUUGUUGGUAUGGAGAAAGAUCAAAACAGCGCUUCGAAUUUAUGAGGAAAUGGUGAGAAAUGGUUUUGAGGUUGACGAGAAGUUAAUGAACAGUUUGUUGAGAGGUUUGUGUAGGAAAUUCUUGAAGGAUAACGAACUAUUAAAUGAUGCAUAUCAAGUGUUUGAGAAAAUGAAGGAAAGAACAGUUGUUAUCCACCAUAGCACAUACAGUCUAGUGAUCCAGGCUUUUUCAACGGGAAAGAAGGUUGAUGAUGCUUUGUCCAAUAUACACCGGAUGAUCAAAGAUGGAUAUGUUCCGAGAAUUAUCACCAUAAACACUGUUAUUCGGGCAUUUUGCAAAGAGGGAAGAGUUGACAAAGCACUCUCAAUCUUAGUUCUCAUGUUUGAAACACGUAAAUUCCCAAGUAUAACAUCUUAUGAUAUCAUGAUUCGUGAACUGAAUAGACAGGGAAUGUGUAGGGUUGCUUCUAAUGUCUAUGGUGCAGCACUGGUCCGAGGUGUGGUUCCCAACCAGAAGCCCCAACAAUAAGAAAAUGUUGAACAUCAAUUAUAUGUAUUUAUCCAAUUGCUUGAUAGGUUAAUGUUGUUAACUUCAUCCAGAAUUGACUGAUGAUAUUACUUUC